ACUGUCCCCACUGAAGGUGCUCCCAGUCCAGCCAGCCUUCCCUCUCCCUCCUCUUUCCCUCUGUUGCGCAGCACCGCGGGACUAGAGCACUAUACUCACUAUGGCAUCCACCACAGCACGGACUCUCUUAGUGCUUUUCGCCACCUUCUGUGCAUCAAGUACUGGAUCAACAGCCGACAAGCCCCUGCGGCCGCGGAACGUGCAGCUGACGUUGGUGGACAAGGGCCUGAGGGUAAGCUGGGAACCUCCCAACGAGCUGGACGGUCGGCCGGUGGACCGCUACAACAUUGGCUACGGCAAGUCCAUGAGGACACUCCGCUUCAUCAAGGUGGACAAGGACAGACGGUCCAAGGUACUGGAGGAUGUAGAGCCCGGAGUUCUGCACUUUCUCAAGAUGAGUGCUGAGAACAAGGAGGGGAUAAGCAAACCUGUGUACAGAGCAGAGACGCCAGGAGGUGGUGAGUGGGUCAAACUGGAUGGCUUCGCAGUGGCGGACGGGGCACCUGUUAGCGGAUCAACUCCAGCUCGUCCAUCUCCUACUCCAGACAUGUGGACCAGGGCUAACUCCCCUGUCGGGAUCCCUGUGAGAACAGGAAGAGGAUCAGUGGUUGAUGGGGGGGUGCGCCCGUCAGACCUGACCUCCUCCAGGGGGCAGCGGAUCCGGAGACCCCCACAAUCAUCCUCCGGCCCUCGUCAGCCAGAUAGGGCCAGGGCAGGGACACCCCUGCUGGACCAGAGGUCCCAACACCACCACCACCACACCCAGCCACAGGCUGACCAGAGAAACAGACACAACCCCAAACUAGCGUCUGAGUCCAUCUAUGUGGUAUCACUGCAGGCACAGAGAGCCACGGGGCGGAGCGUGCCAAGCAACAGAGCCACCCUGACCAAAAAACCUCCCCCAGAGCCUGAGGAGUAUGAGGCCAAAGACAUUGGUGUGAGGGUCAUGUCCCCUCAGUCUGUCCUCAUCAGCUGGGUGGACCCGGCUAUCGAGAUGGAGAAGGUCCUACCUGGUGGCUCCAGACACUACACAGUGAAGUACAGGGAGAAGGGUGAGUCUGCUCGAUGGGAGUACAAGGAGACCAACCAGAGGAGGCUGCUGAUAGAUACCCUGUCAGCUGAUGGGAUGUACGAGUUCUCCGUCCGAAUCUCCCAGGGAGACAACCACGGCAAGUGGAGCGUGUCCGUGUUCCAGAGGACCCCAGAAUCUGCUCCCUCUGGUCCCCCGGAGAACUUUGAUGUUAAGCCACUGAGAGGGAAGGGAACCGCUGUCACGGCGACCUGGGACCCACCUGAGGAACCCAACGGGAGGAUACGAGAGUACAUAAUGUCCUAUGCUCCUGCCAUGAAACCUUUUGGGAUGAAGUCAGUGACAUACCGCGGCAGCACCACCUCAGCCAUCAUAGACGGCUUCCUGCCUGGGGACCUCUACAUCUUCAAGAUCAGAGCCACCAACAGGAGGGGCCAGGGUCCCCAGACCAAAGCCUUUAGCGUAGCCAUGCCUGGACGCACCGCCAGCAGUGCUGCCUCCUCGCCAACUCAAGGUGGCCGUAGAACCAGCUACACCCCCUCUCAGGCAUCCAAACAGGACAGUUACCGUGACGAUGUCGUCAACCUCCAAUUAGAAGACGUGACCAAGGAGCCGACCACACCCACUCAGACUACAUCUGCCCCGCCCACCUCCAGGCGGACACGGCCCCUCACCAAGACACGCUCCUAUCACAGCAUCUUCUCAGAUGUGAGGGGCACGGUCAGGAACAGGGCGACCAAUCAGCGACUAGGAGCCGGUACUGCUCCAGCCAGAGACAAGGGGAGAAAGACAGAAGCAGAGGAUGAACAGGAGGAGGAGAACAAAACAACAGAAACCACUCGAGACGAAGAGGAGGAGAAGCUCACUAACGAAGAUGUGGAGGAGAAGAAAGAAGCAGUGACUCAGAACAAUGUUGUUCCUUCUACACCUGAGGACAAUGGCUACGUCAGAGGGAGAGGUAAAGGGAAGGAUGUAGAUGAGCCCUCCAGACCCAGCCUCAAAACAGAAGUUCCCUCAUCAGAGGGCACCUCAUCAUCCUCUAAACCCUCCUACCCUCUCCGCAAACCUCUCUCUGGCAGACGCAUCAAUUCUGGUCGAAGACCAUUCUCCCGGACAUCAGUCUCAGGGUCAGUGUCCCAGUCAAAGACACAGGAUGCAGAAAAGGACAGCGCCUCCUCAUCCUCCUCAUCUUCUUCGUCCUCCAGCCCAUCCCCCAACGAGGAGUCUGCAGCCAUCAGGAAGGAUGACACUGUCACCAACUACUCCGAGGGCAAAAAGACAUACAACCAGCCAAGUGCCACAGCGGCCAAACCCUCCACCUCAACCCCUACCCCAAACCAGACCGUCUCAGAGCCCAAGACCGAGGCACCAUCUGUGGGAAGAGGAUCUGCUCUGCCGGGCCGUGGAUAUGGUUAUGGCAGGCGGAAACCCGGGAUCCUGUCUCGAGGGAAUCCAGAUGGCCAGGUUCUUAAUGGACUCAUCAAACCUGGGUCAGACUCGACUUCCGCCGGCAUGUCCCAGUCCACUCUACCAACCAAAGGCAAGAUCCCAGAAACAUCACACACUCAUGGCUCACACACUCCUAGCACACAGGACUUAACACAUCACCAGGACAAUAAUGACUACAACAACUACAAAGUCACAGAGGCAGAGGCCACCAAAGAAGAAGAACCCAUUUCCAGUUCCCAGACCAUUUCCACUAAACAUUCUUCUGAGGACAGGAAACAGGACAAGAGAGAGAGAGGAAACAGGAAAGAGGAGGGAGUGAGGGGAGACAGGAGAGAGGAGGGAGAGAUGGAAAACAGGAAAGAGGAGGGAGAGAGGGGAGAUAGGAGAGAGGAGGGAGGGAGGGGGGAGAACUACUACAACACCCCAGCUCCCCCACCUUCCAAGACACCUGCUCCCCCUGCCUCCAGGAUUAACCCCUUUGUGAAACGGCACCAGAGCAGGUUUGGAACAGGGAUGGGGAGCAGUAGCAGGGUGUCUUCCCCCCGUGCGGACGGGAGGGUUCCCUGGAGCAGGACAGCCUCCUCAUCCUCUGUUGGGGCUGGAAGACCCAUCCUGAGAGGAUUCCCCUCUAGGACAGCUGCCUCGGGGGCAGCAUCUGCCUCAGGGGCAUCAAGGACCUCUGCAGUGCAGGAGACCAGUGAGGAUGCUAAAAAACCCUCCACCCUCUAUCCGUUAAAGAAUGGGGUGGGGGCUGGGGCACUUAAACCCUCUCUGCCCAACAGGAAUACUGUUCUAGGUGAAUCGAGGAAUCCCAUCACCUCCUCUUCUUCUUCUUUCUCCUCCAACUCCUCCUCUAGUAGUCGUAGGGACACCAGUGAGCCCGUCCACAGAGGAAGCAGCACCAGGGAGGACAGCAGUAAUGACCAUAAGGAGGACUAUCUCUACAAGGGGAGUAAGGAGAUGUAUGAGUGGAAUGAGAAAGUCACAGACCCAACCACCGCCCCCAAAAUUAUUGCCACCACUACCACUGCCACCACUACCACUACCUCAGCCCCAACUACCGCCCGCAGGGUGCCCCAGAGUAGGGCCAUCGAGAGUGUGGACAGGGAAGCCACACCUGGUAGAACCAGGCCCGGUUUCAUCCCCGGUUCUACGCUCCCCCGCCGUACCAUUAUAGGUCCCAACGGGAGGGUGCGAUCUCCCCUGCUCAUAAACAGGCAGACAGGUUCUAGGUUCCCGCUUAGAGCACAACCAGCACAGAGCACACGGUUAGGUUCCUCAAACGCAAACACAUCAUCUUCCUCUUCUUCCUCUUCCUCCUCUAGUCUGUCGCAGCCAGAUCACGAGGUUAGCGGGGCCGCUAGUGUUAGCACUGGAGGCUCCUCCCCUUCCCUCUCUCGCCCCUCCCACAGACAGACCUCCAUUGGCAGCAGCCAGGGAUCUCAAGGCUCCUCUUCCUCCUCGUCAUUCUCAUCCAGAGACUCUGUGGUGGGCCAGGGUACAAGGACACGCUACCCAAGCCGGUCAGACCCCCAUCUCAGGAGUAAAACCCCCAGUGGAGGCCUCAAGCCCGGCUACGGAAAUGGUCAUGGAAAUGGUAAAAAUGGCCGCCCCAAUCUCACGGCGACCAGUGACAAAGAGUCCAGCACAUCCAAUGACAACACCAAACCUAAUGGAAGAAGGUACAUCACUGGGCCUGAUGGAGCCAAGUGGGUUUUGGACUUGGAUAAGGGGGUCCUGAUGAACGAGGAUGGCAGGGUUCUCCAGGACUCUCAGGGCCAACCCAAGAGGGUGGUUCUGGGAGAGGACGGACGCACCAUCUUUGACCACCAGGGCAGCCCAUUGGUGAACCAGGAGGGCCAGGCUCUGUUUGGUCACGGACGGGAAAGCCAACCGGUGGUCAACCCCAAAGACAAGUUCCUGACUGUGGGUGGCAAACCCAUCGUUGGCCUGGACCGGGCUAAACCAAGGACCAUAACCACAACCAGACCUCCUACCACGACCACACCUGAACCGACAACGCUACCAACCACCACUGAAAUGUCCACAGAGGAGACUAUAACCAUGCCGGUGUUCCCAACCUGUCCUCCAGGAACAUUUUUGAUCAGGGAUGAUGAGGGAUUCCCAAUGCUGGAUGCUGAUGGCAUCCUGGACUGUUAUCCUGAAGAGGAAUCCUCGGGACUGGAAACGGACUCUAUGGAUGAGUUGUUGUGGCAGACGACGCUGCCCCCCACGCUGCCCCCCACCACCACUACGACAGACCACCCCACCCCUGAACCAGACACCAGGCCCUUCAACAAUAGCCCCUCCAAUGAGUUCGACCUCACCGGGAAGAAACGCUUCACAGCUCCGUAUGUGAACUUCAUCCAGAAGGAUCCGGGCGCUCCGUGCUCGCUGACGGAGGCUCUGGAAUACCUACAGGUGGACGUCCUGGAAAACCUGCUCAAGAAAGACAGCCUGGCUACUAAUCAGAAACAGCCGCCCAAAAACAAGCCCCACAACAUCACGGUGGUCGCCAUGGAAGGCUGUCACUCAUUCGUCAUCCUGGACUGGGCCAUCCCACUGAAGGAUGACAUGGUGUCAGGCUACAUGGUCCACAGUGCCUCAUACGAUGACGUCCUUAACAACAGGUGGUCCUCCAGUGCAUCCAGCGGCUCACAUCUGGCUGUCGAAAACCUCAAACCUAACUCCAGGUACUACUUCAAAGUGCAGGCGAAGAAUGUCUUUGGGCUGGGACCGGUCAGCGAUACAAUCACCUAUGUCACUGAGUCAGACGACCCUCUUCUUAUUGAACGACCACCUGGUGGAGAGCCUAUCUGGAUCCCCUUUUCCUUCCGAUACAACCCCCAGCACAGUGCCUGUAAGGGCAGCCAGUACGUCAAGAGGACAUGGUACAGAAAGUUUGUAGGUGUGGUCCUCUGCAACUCACUGAGAUACAAGAUCUUCAUGGGAGAUGGGCUGAAAGAAACAUUCUACAGUAUAGCAGACACAUUCGGUCAUGGGGAGGACCACUGCCAGUUUGUAGACUCUUACCUAGAUGGGAGGACAGGCUCCCCCAACCUCUCAAUGCAUCUGCCAACAGCACAAGGUUACUAUCGCUCAUACAGGCAGGAGCCAGUGAACUUUGGACCUAUCGGCCGGCGUACGCCACAUCUCUUCGGAGGAUGGUAUGAGUGCGGGGUGCCCAUCCCUGGCAAGUGGUAACACAGGGGGUCACAAGGAGUUCGUCAUCGAGGGCAACCCAACUCCAUCCUGCUGCAGCCUUUCUCAUGCUGUUACUGACCCCGCCCCCUGGAGAUAAACUGUUGCUAACCACAGCAGAAAGACAACAACAUUGCAAAUGUAUACUACUUCAGAUUGAAGAGAAUAUAAUACUUUAAACAACAAUUAAUAUUUCCAUGUAUUCAUUAACAUGCACUUUUAUAAAAGCAGUCUGUAUAUGAGGGAGGAAAAGCAUGUACAGUGGCUUGCGAAUGUAUUCACC